UGAGCCUCAUUCACUCCGGCUGCUCGGCUUUUAAAGGCAGGGCAACAAAACCAGAACAGAAGCAGAACCAGAGAGCUGCAGGAGAACAUUGGGAGGCUCUUAUUUUUGUAGCUUUACUCCCAGACCAGAAGAAGGAGAAGAAGAAGAAGUGACUGAGGAGUGGGACUACCCAGCAGUGGGAGGUUAGAGACACUUUCAGCUGCUUCCUCCUCCUCCUCUCAGCUGGGAGUCAGAACCCCCCACCAGGACCACAACCAUGGAGCCCACCGAGGUCGAGGGGGAGCCCAAGGAGAGGAAGAAGAUCCACUUUGCAGUGCCAUCCUCGGCGCCCACCAACCUGGACCCCCGGCAGGUGGAGAUGAUCCGUCGCAGGAGGCCCACACCUGCCACGCUGUUCAGAGUCGCCGACCAAUCGUCUCCUGAGGACGAUCAGUCCACCCAUCAGGUAAAGUGGGUCGUAGGGGAGAACGGAGUGCUCAAACCAAAGCGUGUUAAUCCAAACGUGUACCAGCCUCCAUCACUCAAAGCUGUUCAGAAGAUGGCUGAAGCCCAUAUGCAGAACCUAGGGGUCUACCCUCCUCUGGAAGACCCUUGUGAAGGGGAGGAGGAUGAGGAGGAGGAGGAUGAGGACCAGGAGGGAGGCGAAGCAUCUCCCACCAAAGCUGCUGAUCACCAAGAGACGGCAUCCACCGAACAGACCGACAAGCUGUCCGGCGUCAGAGAGUCGACCAAGCGGAUCCAGUGGGCGCAGGAGGAAGAUGAGGAGGAGGACGAAGGCAAGGAGGGAACCAAAACCGAGGCGACGACGGAGGAGAACAGCCGAGGAAGCAACUGAGAGCAAACGCUCAGAGGGGAGGGAUGGUUUGAACCUGAAGAACUCAGAGGAUAUGGGUGGCGUGCUUCUUUUAUUUGUGUGGAUGUUUGAAUGUGUGGAGACGGAUGAAGCUUUCAUGAAAUCAGACGCGCGAGUGGGCAGAGAUUUCACCUCCAAAGGGUCUAAAACAGAGGACAAAGAGGGGAUUGUGUUAGUAAUGGGCAGGUGAUGAUGAUGAUGUGCUGACAGAGCAGACUGGCCCUUAGUGUCCCUUUGUUUCUAAUGAGGGGUCAAGGUCAGCGAGACCAAAAAAUAAAAACCCAGCCAGACCGGACCUCCUUCUUCCUUAAAGCACACAAAUGUUCCUUCAGCGACGCAAACAAACGUUCUCGGGUACAUAAAAAAAAAACCACACUUGAAGGUCUUUAAACGUGUGCACAUGUGCUCCACUUGAUUCUCCAACCGGCCUUCUGCGCUGUUCUGAUUUGCAGCAAUGUUUAGCCCUUUGCUUGUGCUGCCAUCUGGUGGUAGAAAGUAGGAACGGCAGGUUUAAAGUGCUACUCCGGCUCCAAUCAACCGUUUAAAGGUCCCAUAUUGUGCCUCUUCAAUUAAUGGAAGUUUUAAAGCUUUUAGUCCUAUUUCAGAUGCGCUUUCAGGAAGAAGACUCUCUGCAACUUUCUAUCCAAACUGGUCUCCACAAAAUUUCGUUCCGAUACAACCGAAAUCUGUUUUGAGGGAAAAACAUUUUCUGCUGCCUUAUUUUAUAACAUAUAACGCAAGAUUAAUGUCAUGCUGUAAUGAAGAAGACUUAAGACUAUCGACUGAUUUGGAAAAAAAUCAAGGAAGGGCUCAUUUUCUCAUAGACUUCUAUACAAUCUGACUCUUUUUUUUGCAACCAGAAGAGUCGCCCCCUGCUGGCUGUUAGAAAAAAUGCAAUUUUAAGGCACUUCUUGCUUCACUUUUCCCCCAGAAUCUAUGUCCAUCUUUUAUUUACAGUCUGUGAUAUACUACACUUCUAAUCAAUGCAACUUUGUCGUAUAUUUUAUUGCUUCACUGGUAUUAAUUAAUGAUUUAUUAGAUGAGGUGGGACUGGUCACCCUGGUGACCAAGAAAAUGAAGAGAAAGCUUCAAAUAUGUAUUAAAAGGGUCGUAUUUUAACCCAAACCAAAUCAUUUUGGUGCCUAACAUAAACAAGAAAGUGAGUGAAAACUGAAAGUAAACCAGAAAAAGAAAUUUAAAUCGAGUUUUGUGGGUAAAAGCCUGGUCACUGGUUGGUAGCACAAUCCAACAUGGACCUUGUUGGUUUUCCAUCAAAAAUUACAUUUAUUCCAAAACUAAAUUACUCCCCCUUCAAAACAUAAUCGAGAAUGCAGCUUAAUUGUAUAGAAAUGCCAUAUUGUGGAAUCUGGGUUGCUCAAUGAGCCCUAAAUUUCUCUCGAAAUUAUUUUUUUCAGUGGAAAUAUCAUUGAAUUUAAAGCACAGUUGUUUUUAGCUCACACAUUUGGUGAGUUUUAGCUGCAAAACAGCAACUUUAAGUGAUUAAUAAGCUGUAUUUCAAUCACUUUUUUUAUUGUUUUGCUGUGUGACAGCAGAAAGCUGCAUAUGAGAACAGCUUUAUUGUGAAUUUAGCUUUCAUAAAAUGGAGUUUAUGUGAGCACAGAGAGCAGGAGAGAAACUAAGACACAGUAACCCAUCCAGCUCUUGUUUAUUGGUGUAAAUUAAAGUUUCCACCAUGAAUGCACAACAUGCAAACACUAAGGAUUUCCCUUUUGUUAUGGGGACAUUACCACCGAUAAUAACAGCAAUCCACCACUGGGUGUUCAGUUUUUCAGAUGCUGGGAGUGCAUGAAGGCUGUUGUGUUCACUCAUGCAGCCAACAUUUGAUGAACUUUGCUGAUGAUUAUUGUUUUUUUUAUGUAGAAACUGCAUAAAAUGUGGAAAUAAAGAACGAUUUUUAAUGCACACGCUCAAGUUUAUAAUAACCACAACUUAUAAAAAAAAAGGAUUUUCACCGUAUGGGACCUUUAAUCCAGAAUAUUCUCAUGAUAUUAAAUCUUGUUUUUGAUGCUAUUUAUGCUCUAUCCAGCAACAGUCUUUUCAUGUAUCCAGUAAUUAUUUCUCUAUAUUGUAGUUUAUCACUAUUUAGUUGACUGUUUGUCAUUUUAUUAAUAUCAGCCUCACCGUUUACUUUUCACCAUAAUAACAUUAAUAACAUAAUUUACUGCAAGCUGUAUGUUGCCAAAUUUGAAAUGAAUGAAUUAACACUUGCCAGAAGGUUUAAUUAAACAUUUUCAGAGCUUAAAUGAGUAUAAAUACACUUGAAUUAACUUCUUAAAUCAUUUCUGUGUCAUAAUCUUCCCCUAUUUUCUUGAUUUUUAUGUGUAGCAUUUAUCCAUCAGUGUAUAGUCACUAAAUAAUCUACUUUAAAAGGAUUAAUGUUAGCAUUUUUUGGCUCGGAGUAUCACUUUAAAACCCACGGAUGACUCAAUGAUCAGCACCAAAAUGUUUAAUGUCUUUAAUUUCAAAUCCACGAGCUUGCUGAGUGUGUUUUUUUUUCCUUUUAAAUGAUUUGUGUUUUUGAAAUUAAUCUUUAAAUGGCGAAGCUACCUCUAAUUUUUUUUUUUUUUUUUUUGCAAAACACCCCUCUGUUAACUGCCUCCACACAUCUUAAAACUGACAAAAUUGUCUUGGGAAUUUAAAAAAAAACCCUAAAUUUUCCUCCGCCAGUCAUUUGGGAUUUCUCAGUGCUCACAGAUUCCCUUUUGUAUAUGACCACUUUUAUAACGUCAUCUUUUUAAUUGUUCCCUCAUGAUUUGUACGUCUCGGGUCUGUUGUUAAGAGCUAUUUUUCUAAUCCGAAGCCCUGCUUCUACUGCAUGUAUCCAAACACACAUGUAGCUGCAGAACCAAGAGCCUGAAAGAAGGCGUCGCGGCUGCUGUAUGACGGACUUUUCAGCAAAACUCUCACUGCACAAAACUUUCUGUACUGUUUUUAACACAGAUAACGCAUCACUUCCUCUUCUUGGACUCAUUUCCAAUCAGCAUCUGUCUACUUUAAUUACUGGUUUAGCUAAAAUAAACCUGAUCCGACUGGUUUUGUGCCACAGGAUGAAUAAAUCUGUAACAUCUGGGCUGUUUGUAUAUAAAACUUUGUGAAACUUUUUUCACCUCCUCCUCCUCCUCCUCCUCCUCCUCCUCCUCCUCCAGGUCAGAAGAAAACAGCCAUUGAAAGACAUGUAUGGACUCUUAUAUGCUUUCUUUUUCUUUUAUUCUCCAUUCUCUUGUUUCUCAAUGUGAUGUGGUUGUUUUAAAGUGAGCAACUCUAUGAUAUUGAAAUAAACUCAUUUUCUUUUUCUCCUAACUUGACCUUCA